UGGGAGUCAUAUGGAGACACGAUGGCCACACCCACGUCCACUAACACGGAUGUAUCUUACCCUGUUCCUUGAGUCACAUGAACAGCAUCAGCAGUGACGGCAACUUUACACAUUCGUUGUAAAAAUGUAUGUCAACUCUCCUGGAUCUGAGAUUGGAUCCUUCACACUGACCUUCCUGGGAAAGAAAGUGGGGAGACAUCACUCUGUGGCCCCUGCAGGCAAGAAAUGUGCCUGGGUGGUUAAUAACUCAUCGACUUGCCCGGAGGACCCUGCCAUGUCCGCACUGCCAGGACCGGUCUCUAUGACGACACACGAGCAGGAUUUACCAGGAAGCGUACCACACUCUCUGUACAAGAGGCCCAAACAAGUAAACCCGAAUUCAGGUGUUUCUGAGAAAGAAUCUUUGAAGUCUUGAAGAAAGUUCUUCCUGCGUCACAACCACUGUUGAGGAAAACAGAUAUGGGGGUGUGGAAAUGGAAAUGUCACGGACAGAUUGGGGAAGGUCAUUUAAUGCCACUAAUCAUUACGUAAGACAAGAUAAGUCACAAUGUCCGGUUAUGUUCAAAAGAUAAAAAUCACACAGAUCACUUUGAUCUGGGGACAUAUAAUGAUUUUAGUC